AUGUGACUGAUGACUAAGUUAAAUCUUUUCUGCUUACUGAAAAGGAAGAGUCUGAUGAUUAGUUACUGAUCCUCUUUGCAUUUGUAAAGCUUUGGAGAUAUUGAAUCAUGUUACCAUUUCUGUUUUUUUCCACCCUGUUUUCUUCCAUAUUUACUGAAGCUCAGAAGCAGUAUUGGGUCUGCAACUCAUCCGAUGCAAGUAUUUCAUACACCUACUGUGAUAAAAUGCAAUACCCAAUUUCAAUUAAUAUUAACCCCUGUAUAGAAUUGAAAGGAUCCAAAGGAUUGUUGCACAUUUUCUACAUUCCAAGGAGAGAUUUAAAGCAAUUAUAUUUCAAUCUCUAUAUAACUGUCAACACCAUGAAUCUUCCAAAGCGCAAAGAAGUUAUUUGCCGAGGAUCUGAUGAUGAUUACUCUUUUUGCAGAGCUCUGAAGGGAGAUGUAAACAAGGAGGAAUGUUGCCUGCAUUUCUGUGGACAAUCAUCUGAUGACCAUAAAAGGGAAUUAGCCUCUGGAUGAAGCUGAUACUGUGAACAGAAGAAUGUUUUGGUGCAACAAUGGACCAGCAUUUCUUCCUGAUGAGAGACAAUUGACCAUGGAGUGGUUCUGUCCAGUGUAUGGAGAAUGUGCAGUGAAGAUUUUCCUGUCAUCUGCUUCAUCUUUUGAUGUCAGAGGGCCUAAAACUCCACCCUGGGAUUAUGCUAACUCUGCCAUUUUUUGUACACAGGACCCAUGAAGAGGCAUGAAGCUCAGUUGCACAUGUACAUGUUUUUCCUUUUGUAAAUAUUAAUGACUCCUCCUAUAAUCUGUUGAAUAUGUACACUUAACCACCCAACUUACCAUACGUUUCUGUUCCCUUUUCCCCUCCCUUGAAGUAUCUGUUUUUGGCUUCUGACCAGAGGCUACACUUCCCAGCCUCUGGGAAUGGCCACCCUGCAGGCUGAAACUCUUCAUGAGAAAUAAAGCUCUUCUUUCUAAAUUUAUGAAA